CCUACCUCACGUCACAUGGCUGAGUCCCUUAUCCCAGUCUGUGGUAGUCUGUGGUAGGUGGCUGUGUAGUGUGUGACGUUCUACCCUGUUUACAGUAUUUCCAGCAGCAAACGAGGUUAUUUUAAAAUGCCUGGAUUUUAACCUUAAGAAAUCUUGAAUUUUAAGAGUCCCAACAAUGACAUCAAAGGAAAAGAUUAGUGAUAGGGGGAUGCCCCCUGAGAGGCCGCCUCCUCCAUAUUGCCCUGGUGCUCCACCCCCUUACAACCCUUCCCACACUGUAUACCCUGCAGGGCCAGCCCCUCCAGCUGGUGCAGCACCCUAUGGUGUUCCACCUCCAUGGGAGGCUUUCUACUCUCCCCCACCUGCCUACCACCAGGGCUUCCCAGAAGGCUACCCAGCAGGCUAUCCUCCUGGUUACCCUCCACCAAGCCAGCCUGACGGCCCGCCGAUGAACCCUGGUGGAUACUCCUUGUAUCCUGAUGUUUCACUGUUACCACAGCCAGAGGCAGUGCAAGGUGGAAGGGGUAACCAACUCCCCCAAAAUUUAGUCCCCUGA